ACAGAGCAGACCUGGGAAAGAAGGUGGCUCCUGGUUGCUUGAUGCAAUGGAAAAGUUUAUGAGUAAACGAUCAUGCAGUACUGAUGAUAGCCAAAUAAACCUCAGAAAAAAAAUUAAAGCAAAUGAGGAACUGGAGCAGAUGGUGAAUGCUGAAGAAGAGGAUGAGUUCUCUGAUCCAGUUCCUUGGCAAAAAAUCGAGUCAGAAAGUCUGGACUGUGACUACGCUUUGCUCUUCAGCAAGGAGGAAGCAGACCAUCUUUUGGUGAAACUGGAGGAGGAGGUGGUGUAUUCAACAGGUGAAGAAGCACAGGUGCAGGUGUUUGGAAAGGUGUACAAUAUACCGAGGAAGCAGGCUACCUAUGGCGAUACAGGACUGACUUACACGUAUUCUGGAGUGACACGUCUAUCCUGCCCAUGGACACCCACACUGGCACAUAUCCGCGAUGCUGUCACAAAAACAACAGGACAUACCUUCAAUUUUGUCCUGGUCAACCGGUACAAAGAUGGGCGGGACCACAUGGGUGAACAUCGUGACGACGAGAAGGAGCUGGAUCCUAGCUGCCCCAUAGCAUCAGUUUCUCUCGGUGCCGCGCGAGAGUUUGUGUUCCGUCACAAGGAUGCACGUGGAAAAGAGAGCUGCCGGCGCAUCGAGCCCGUCAAGCUGGUGUUGGCUCACGGAAGUCUGCUGCUCAUGAACUCACCAACCAACACUUUCUGGUAUCACAGCCUUCCUGUACGAAAAAAGGUCCUCAUGCCUCGUAUCAACCUCACAUUUAGACGCAUACUGCCCACUCGCAGAAAAUGACAGCUGGGAUAGGCAUCGAAUUUGGUACUUUUAUAGGUACCGACCAAAGAAGUACCGGGUACCGAUUUCACCCCCCAAAAAAUCAACCGGUACCAUAUUGCGAUACGGUCAUGUCUGGUCACAAACUAGCACAGAAUAAUUUCCACGCUGACAAAGCAAGAGGAAGGCGCCCAAAAGUACAAUAUGGCUUUACAUCUUAAAAAUGCGAUAGCUUGAUGCUAAUUUACACUGGAUUUACCAUAGACAUGCUAAAGAUUAGCAUCAGCAAUGGCGAUAGACUUGUAAUGGAACGCUACAAUAAAACAGAUGGUGUGUAAUAAAUACAAUACUUAAAGUUUAAACUAAGGUUUUCAAAAUCAACGAAUCAACCAAGCAUGGAAUUGAUCACAAAAUAUUAUUGCAUGAAUCCUGUAUCAACACAGAUUAAUCACCCAGUUUGGUUGAGAUACGACAGAGGUAUUCAAGUUAAGUGUUUUAGGGGCCUAAUUUGCAGAAAGCUAAGGACCAGGCAGCCAGACUUAUUUAAUGUAUAUUCCGGAGAACCAACGUCUUCUUCUUGGGGCGGUAUAGCUCGGUUGGUAGAGUGGCCGUGCCAGCAACUUGAGGGUUCCAGGUUCGAUCCCCGCUUCCGCCAUCCGAGUCGGUGCCGUUGUGUCCUUGGGCGAGACACUUUACCCAUCUGCUCUCAGUGCCACCCACACUGGUUUAAAUGUAACUUAGAUAUUGAGUUUCACUAUGUAAAAGCGCUUUGAGUCACUAGAGAAAAGCGCUAUAUAAAUAUAAUUCACUU